GCCCCCGCCUCCGCUGCGGCCUCCGCCUCCGCCUCCUCCUCUAUCUCCCGCCGUCUCUGCCGCCCCUCCCCGGCCCCGGGAGCGGCCGCGGAGCCGCCACCCAGACUCUGUCGCGCGGGAGGCGGGAUCCGCACGAAAUAAGUCAUAAUGAGUUACGCAGAAAAGCCCGAUGAAAUAACCAAAGAUGAAUGGAUGGAAAAGCUCAACAACUUACAUGUUCAGCGCGCAGACAUGAACCGACUCAUCAUGAACUACCUAGUCACAGAGGGCUUUAAGGAAGCAGCAGAGAAAUUUCGGAUGGAGUCAGGGAUCGAACCAAGUGUGGACCUAGAAACACUCGAUGAGCGAAUCAAGAUUCGGGAGAUGAUUCUGAAGGGUCAGAUCCAGGAGGCUAUUGCCUUGAUCAACAGCCUCCACCCAGAGCUCCUAGACACAAACCGGUAUCUUUACUUCCACCUGCAGCAACAGCACCUGAUCGAGCUUAUCCGUCAGCGAGAGACAGAAGCAGCUUUGGAGUUUGCCCAGACGCAACUGGCAGAGCAGGGUGAGGAAAGCAGAGAAUGCCUCACAGAAAUGGAGCGCACAUUGGCCUUGCUGGCCUUCGAUAGCCCUGAGGAGUCGCCCUUUGGAGACCUCCUCCAUAUGAUGCAGAGGCAAAAGGUGUGGAGUGAAGUUAACCAGGCUGUUCUGGAUUAUGAGAAUCGAGAGUCCACACCCAAGCUGGCAAAAUUACUGAAACUGCUACUUUGGGCUCAGAAUGAGCUAGACCAGAAGAAAGUAAAAUAUCCCAAAAUGACAGACCUCAGCAAAGGUGUGAUUGAGGAGCCCAAGUAGAGCCUGUGCACGGAGCCAGCACUGUCAAUCAGCACAGGACUCCUUCUCCUCUGGGACUGGCAGGUCGUCACUGCAGUAGAGAACCUUUCCCCCGUACUUUUCUUUGGCCCCAUUGUUUAAAAGGGGAAAAUGGCCUUUUUAAACACUGGCAAACCCGUGAUGGAAGACCCCACCUCUGCCGUGCCCUGGAUCCUGAGGGCUGCACACACUUCAGUUGACUGUCCUCCCACUUCCGGAUCGCUGGUUCCAGAAGACGUGGUUUGCCACCUGUGCUGCACUGCUAGGGAGUGUCACCUCCGCUGAAGGCUCCCACAGGACAGACAGCACACAGAAGUGCUGAGUGCUGAAUGCUUCGACACCUGCUAGUGCAGGCAGGCAGGCAGGCAGGCAGGCAGGGGCUUAUCUUCCUAGGUCUCACCAGACUUUCGUGGUUUUCCUUACCCCUUCUUUUCUUUCUUUUUCUUCCUCCUUUUGUUCCUUCAUAGGAAAGAAUAUAUAAAUUUGUAAAUCUUAAUUCAAAGAUAACUUUGGUGUGGGUACUGAGUUUGGUUUGGUUCUUUGCCUUUGCCUUUUGGUGUGGGCUGUGUGGCUUUUGGGAGGAAGGGAUGUGUGUGUGAAGGGUGAGGCUGUGGGUUUUUUUGUCUUUUUUUUUUUUAAUUUUCAAAAUAUAUUUUGGGUGCUGUAUGUGAUGAGAGACUCAUUCAUAGUGGAUCAAUGAAUAAUCUCUUGUAGGUAAUUUUAUUUGAAAAUAAAGAUUUCUUUUUACUUCCGGUAUAACCACAA